AUGGAACAAGAAGCAUACAUUCUCGGGCGUGGAUUCUCAGCCAAUGCUAGGUUGAAUCUGCAAUAUUUCCUUUGGAAAGAUGGAGGAUUCUCUCUGCAUCCUAGCAUACCAACUGAUUGUGAUAACUUACGCGUGGCAGAGAUAGGUGUUGGAACUGGGAUCUGGCUGGUGGAUCUUGCGCGACAUCUACCUCCAUCUGCUCAAAUCGAUGGUUUUGAUGUCGACUUAUCACAGUGUCCACCAAAGGAAUGGCUACCAUCCAAUGUGUCCGUGCACAGGGUCGAUUGUCUAGCCCUCUUUCCCGAGAACUUGCUUGAGCAAUAUGACAUCGUUCACAUUCAGCUUUUUCACUUGGCAGUACACAAUAAUGACCCGGUGCCUAUCAUACGCAACCUAAUUAAGCUUCUGAAACCUGGAGGGUGGAUCUCGUGGGGCGAGAUGGACUACAGCAGUUGGAAGAUUAUGCGAACGGAAGACGGGAGGGACGUCGAGGAUAAUUUAACUCCACUCCUAGAAAUAAUAGGCACGUUGGGGGGGACAAGAUCCAACUGGACCACUGACGAUUGGCCGAUUAAGUUGCCGAAAUUUUUUGAGGAAUAUGGGCUCACAAAUGUUGCAAAGGAUAAUAGGCCGUUUCCGUUGGACCUGUUGGUUUUUCAAUUGGAUACUGCGUUAAUGGCAUCCGAAGAAGUAAGCUACAAGGCCUUGGAUCCUAUGCGAAAUGGCUCUGGCGAUACGUGUCGGGGUGUGAUCUCCAAGGUCUUUCGGGAUAGGCAGAAACUUGCUUAUAACGUAGGCCGAUUGACUGUUAUCGGACAACGACCAUUCCAACGAAAGGACUAA